AUGUGGAUCCUUCCACUCGUCGGCUACUUGGGAGUUGUCGUGGGCUUUGCAUUCCUCACAUUAGCCAUCGCAUCCGGGCUUUACUAUCUCUCCGAACUAGUCGAAGAACACACAGUAUUGGCUCGCCGUCUUUUGACCCGGCUCAUAUACAGUGUCAUUAUUGUUCAGAUUCUGCUUUGGCUUUUCGACCGAUUCCCUUUCUCCCUCUCUGUCCUGAGCAUAGUCUCACACCUCGUCUAUGCGAGUAAUCUUCGCCGCUUCCCCAUCGUCAAAUUGUCGGAUCCACUCUUUAUCCUCUCCUGUAUCCUAGUGUGUAUCAACCACUGGGUCUGGUUCCGCCACUUCUCCAAACCGGUGCCUCCUCGAAGUUCCAGCUCCUGGCGUCGGCCGUAUGAGCCUGAUUAUGAGAAUAUGCCUACCUUUACGGAGGUUGCUUCCUACUUUGGACUGUGCGUUUGGCUAGUCCCGUUUGCGCUUUUCGUCAGUCUGAGUGCCGGGGACAACGUUCUACCCAGUAUGGGAUCCGAAUAUGCUACUGGCGAUCACACUUCCUCUAUCUCCCCCGAUGGCAAGAACAAAAAUAAAGGCAUGGCGAAAGCUCUAGUUGACGGUAUCCGGGAUUGGGUUGGAGAAACUGGUGAACUUAUGGGAUUCUGGAAGGGGGAGCGAACAAGGAGGUUUUGA